ACAACAUGAAAAACAUUAAACAACAUGCAGUGGAUGUGACCCUGGAUCCUGAUACAGCACAUCCCAAGCUCAUUCUAUCUGCUGAUGGGAAACAAGUGAAGCAUGGAGACACACGGCAGAAUCUCCCAGACACUCCAAAGAGGUUUAAUUAUAUUGGCAGUGUGUUGGGAGGAGAGGGGUUCUCCUCUGGAAAAUUCUACUACGAGGUUCAGGUUAAGGGGAAGACUGGCUGGGCUAUAGGAGUGGCCAGGGAGUCCAUCAACAGGAAGGGAUCGAUAAAAGCAAGUCCUGAUAAUGGAUACUGGACAAUACGGCUGAGAAAUGGGACUUAUGAGGCUCUAGCUAGGCCUUUUGUUCCCCUCUCCCUGAUUGGGAUACUCCAAAGGGUGGGGGUGUUUGUGGACUAUGAUGCAGGUCUGGUCUCCUUCUAUGAUGCAGAUUGUUGGGAUCAUAUCUACUCUUUUAACAAUGUCUCCUUUACUGGAAAAAUCUAUCCGUAUUUCAGCCCCGUUAUGAAUGAGGGAGGUAAAAAUUCAGUCCCUCUCAUAAUCUCCCCAGUCCAUGUCUGCCCUAUCAAGUAAAUAAUAUGAAAUGUUCAAGUUUAUGCACAAUCAUAAAAGAGUAAAAAGACACACUGGGUUGGGUAAGAUUUUAGUAGUCAUAUUUGCACGUUAUUUGCAUAGGGUACAAUCUGAAUUACAUCUUAAAACUGCAAACUGCAAAACUGCUAAUUUCAGUUUUUUUCCCAAGAGCUGCAGGACAGAUCUUUUAAGAUAUUGUAUCGUGCCUAAUACAUGACUUACU